UCUUCCGUGCAGAGCAGCGUGCCGAGCGCUCGGGAGAGUACGAUCGGACGGAGGCGGUAGACGGGAAGGCAGAGAUUAAUUCAGAGGAAAAUCGUGAUGUCCCGGCUCUCUCCGCCCCUUGGGAAAACGCGAGGGAACGGAUCCAGGCCCGAGCCCAUCGGCCCAUCACCCGGCGGCGUCUGUCGAGCGCUGACAGCGUGCAGAGCGCUGUGAGGGGGCGUCCCUGGAUCCGGCCGGCAUGAAUCCGUCCGACCCCGGCGCCAACGGUCUGUGCGCCAUCUGCGGGGACCGGGCCACGGGCAAGCACUACGGGGCCUCCAGCUGCGACGGCUGCAAGGGCUUCUUCCGGCGCAGCAUCCGCAAGAGCCACGUGUACACCUGCAGGUUCAACCGGCAGUGCGUGGUCGACAAGGACAAGAGGAACCAGUGUCGAUUCUGUCGCUUGAAAAAGUGCUUCCGAGCGGGGAUGAAGAAAGAAGCCGUGCAGAACGAACGUGACAGGAUCAGCACGAGGCGGACGGCCUCCGACGGCAGUAACAUCCCCUCCAUCAACACCCUGGCGCAGGCCGAGACCCUCUCCCGCCAGAUCUCGGGUCCCAGCCCCGGCGUCGGCGCCGUGGACGUCCACCUGAGGAAGGCGGCGGGCAUCGCCGACGUCUGCGACUCCAUGAAGCAGCAGCUGCUCGUCCUGGUGGAGUGGGCCAAGUACAUCCCCGCCUUCUGCGACCUGCCCCUGGACGACCAGGUGGCCCUGCUGAGGGCCCACGCCGGAGAGCACCUUCUGCUCGGCGCCACGAAGAGGUCCAUGAUGUACAAGGACGUUCUGCUGCUCGGGAACGGCUCCAUCGUCCUCCGGAACAGCCCCGAGGUGGAGAUCAGCCGGGUGGCCAAUCGCGUCCUCGACGAGCUCGUGCGGCCCUUCCAGGAGAUCCAGAUCGACGACAACGAAUACGCCUGCCUCAAGGCCAUCGUCUUCUUCGACCCAGAUGCCAAGGGUCUGAGCGACCCCCUGAAGAUCCGGCGAAUGAGGUUCCAGGUCCAGCUGGGGCUGGAGGAUUACAUCAACGACCGGCAGUACGACUCCCGCGGCCGCUUCGGAGAGCUGCUUCUCCUCCUGCCCGCCCUGCAGAGCAUCACCUGGCAGAUGAUCGAGCAGGUCCAGCUGGUCAAGAUGCUGGGCGUGGCCAAGAUCGACAACCUGCUCCACGAGAUGCUGCUGGGAGGGAAGGCCCCGAGCGCGAUGCCAGCGUCCCUGACGCCCGGCUGGCCGUGCCCGCUCCCGGGGGGCGCCCACGACACCGGCCACCUGCACCACCCGGCGGUGCACCCGCACCUGUCCCAGGACCCGCUGACCGGCCAGACCAUCCUCCUCGGCUCCAUGGCCGCCCCGGUGCCCCCUGACCACCUCCAGACUCCGGAAACUCCGCUGCCGUCUCCGCCUCAGGGUUCCGGGCCGGACCAGUACAAGAUCCCACCCAAUCAAGCUUCCGUCAUCUCCCACCACGUCCUGCCCAAGCCGAAGCAGUUGUGAUGUCCGACGGCCGCGCUUCCCCGACGGGACCCACCUCUCCUACCCGUCCGGGGGGGAAGGGUCCGGGGGGCGGGUGGGGGUUGGUCCGGACCCAGGCGGACGGGCUCCCCUCGUCCCUCGGAUUCGGAAAAUCCCCCUCCGCGCCCCCCCCCCCCCGGGCCGCGGACGUCUCAAUCCCGUGAGAAAUAAUCUGUAAAUAAUUCCCCUCCGGUGUCCCCCCGGCCCCAAGACCCGGCACCGGUUCAUCAGACACGGACCCGGCACCCGAUGAAUUAUAAACCCGCAGAUCAGUCAUCGAGGCUCUCGAGGGGAGCAGGGGACGGGGGGAGGGGGCACGGCGAGUCCCGGUUCGUUGCAGACAAGAAGAGAAGUCACUUAUCUAGGCGUCCAGCCACCUCUGACCCCACAGGGAAAGACACGGGCCUGUUUCUCGACCGCUAGGCCCAGCCCGGCGGAAAUGUGAGGGAGGGUCUGGGCAGGGGAGGGGCUUCGGGUCGGCGGGCAGUGUGGACGAGGGGGCAGGAGCGUGGAACGGGGAAUCGAUAAUGAUGACGGCUUCUGUUCAGCGUUUACUAGGCGCCAAGCGCUCUACUAAGCGCCGGGGUGGACAGGAGACCGUCAGGUCCCACG